CCGGCUCGGCUGGGCGGCCCGAGCAGGUAGCGAGGCCGGGCGGGCGGGCCGCGGUGCCCCGGGCCCCUUUCGCCAGGCCCGCCAUGCAGGGCCACGCCGGGAACGCGAGCCGCGGACUGCCGGGCGCGCCGCCUUCCACUGUCGCGUCCGGGGCGGGCCGCUGUGAGAGCGGUGCGCUCAUGCACAGUUUCGGCAUCUUCCUGCAGGGGCUGCUCGGCGUCGUGGCCUUCAGCACAUUGAUGCUCAAACGCUUCAGAGAACCAAAGCAUGAAAGACGUCCAUGGAGGAUAUGGUUUUUAGACACUUCCAAACAAGCCAUAGGAAUGCUGUUCAUCCACUUUGCAAACGUAUACCUAGCAGAUCUCACCGAAGAGGACCCCUGUUCACUGUACCUCAUCAACUUUCUUCUGGAUGCCACCGUGGGUAUGCUGCUCAUCUACGUGGGUGUGCGUGCUGUCAGCGUCCUGGUGGAGUGGCAGCAGUGGGAGUCCCUGCGUUUUGGCGAAUAUGGAGACCCUCUGCAGUGUGGAGCUUGGGUCGGGCAAUGCGCUCUUUACAUCGUGAUCAUGGUUUUUGAAAAAUCGGUCGUCUUCAUCGUCCUCCUAAUACUGCAGUGGAAAAAGGUGGCCCUGUUGAAUCCCAUUGAAAACCCUGAUCUGAAGCUGGCCAUCGUCAUGCUGAUCGUCCCCUUCUUUGUCAAUUCUUUGAUGUUUUGGGUAGUAGAUAAUUUCCUCAUGAGAAAGGGGAAAACGAAAGCUAAACUAGAAGAAAGAGGAGCCAACCAGGACUCAAGGAACGGGAGCAAGGUCCGCUACCGAAGGGCCGCAUCCCACGAGGAGUCUGAGUCUGAGAUCCUGAUCUCGGCCGACGACGAGAUGGAGGAGUCAGAUGUGGAGGAGGACCUCCACAGACUGACCCCGCUCAAGCCUGUGAAGAAAAAGAAGCACCGCUUCGGGCUGCCCGUAUGAUGUAUUCCCAUGCCGGGGUGACGGGAUUGGGGUCCGCCGGCUGCCGGGUGGCGGGUGGUCACCCUGCGAUGUCAUUCCUUGCCUCCUCUCUUUGCCCUUCCUCUUCUACCUCCACUGCUCUCGCUGACUCCACCCACCUCUGCCUGCUGCCAGAUGACUGUGACUUAAAAAGAGGGAAGAGGAACCAGUGCUCAAGGGGGCUGUGGGCAGCUGGAGGUCCCCCGCUCAGUUGCACUACAAGCACUGACCAAAUAUGCAAGCGAGGAAUUCUGUCUGUAUGUUGUUGUCCUGACCAGUGUUGCGAGGGACCCAAAAGCCCCUGUCCUGUGUCCGACUGGUUGGCAUGGUGAAAAAAAACAGGCACACACAGACUGGGUGGGCCCUUUCACCAAGGCUGCGGACAGUAUGAACACACAGCUCGUUUUGGGCUGAAAGUCACUCAUUGACCAAGUUGUAACCGGAAUGCUUUCUUACUCGAAAUGGCUUUUGUAACUAUUGAUUUUCAAGCCGGUUUUAUGAGCUGUGACAGUGUUACUGUUUUUUGAGUAUGUGUUUAUUUCCUACAAAGUACCUAUGGGACUAAUGGGCAAAACAUAGAUUUUUAAGUCUUCCGUAUGCCGUUUGACUUUUAUAUUUUUAAGUUAUAUUUUCAUACUAUUGUAUUUAAAAACUCUUUUUAACUCCCAAAGAAAUGAGUUUGUUUGCAUCUUGUGGGUGUGAGCUGGUGGGAGGAAAAAGUUGGGAGUUUUUUACUUAUAAUAUUGUUAGGGAAUGUCCUAUGAUAAGAUGGGACAAAUGAUCCCAGCAGAAAGGGAAGACGGACCUUAUUUGGAAAUGGCAAACCCAGUGGUUCCAUGAAGGUCAGGCCUGAGCGUGGGGCAGCUCGUCUGAAUGCAGAUCCGGGCUCUUUCUGGGGCGCAUGAGCUCUAUGGUAUUUCUGCUGGCAGGUUAGCAGUCUUGGUUAAACUUGACUGAGAAAGAAGCUUAAGAGGUCAGAGACUACCACACUGCUCCUGUUUGUUCCUUGCCUCUCUUCAGAGCUCCCAGAGCUCAAGUUUAAAGUGGUCUCCGCCUCUUAGCCCCACUGCUGCAGCCCACAGAAGCAGCCUCUGGUCCCAACUCUAGAACCUCUUCCCACACAGCCCUGGUGCCUGUCAUCUUAGUACCGUCUUGUCGUUUUGCACAAAAGUCUGGAGAACAUCUUGCCUGCCUAAGUGAUCCUGUUUUUCACAUCCUUCAAAACUGUGAGGUAGCUGGGACAGGUAGGGGUGAACUUGUGUAAACCCACAGGCAGCACAAGGCGCUUCUAGGCUGUGUCCCCUCCUUGGGGAGUGGCACCGAUUCCUUAGCAUGGCCACAGGCCCCCGUGCCUUUGGAAGUUUGCUGAAUGGCAGUGGGACAGGCUGACUGUGGUACUUUCCCUGCUGUGGAAGCAGCAAAGUAGAGCUGCCCAGUGGUUUGUCGAGCCAAGAGGCAGCCAUGGACAUUUAGGAGCAGAAAACCACACCGCUGCCGUGUGAGCUGGGAAACAGCCCGCACCUUAAGUGAGACCAGUGCAGGCGAGACCACUCCACUCAGAACCAUCUUUUUAGAGAUAUGUAAAGAUGAGAUUUACUUCAGCUCUUUGGAUCUGAACUGUGGCGUGAAAGCCAAGCUGUUAAACCAGGCACUCUGGGACUAUCCUCUGCCUGUCCCAGACAUGGGGCAAGCCUUGGGGAGGCCUUCUCAACCCGUCUUUACUCCAGGAGUGCAGAGCCACUGAGGGGAGCAGGGACUGUCACUGCAGUAGCAGGCAACUGCUAGUGUGAGCAUCGUGGCCAGAGAGGAGACGGCAGACAGCGCGUGAGAUUGGCAUCUUUCUUGAGUUUUGCAUGCUCCUGCUCACGUUUACUCUUCUCACCCCUCCUAUCCUGUGGCUGUAGUAGUGGCCCUUUCUCUGCCAGUUCUCUAGUGGGGAAGAGUGGCUGCAGCCAGGCUGUAUUAAGUCGCAUUUGGGAAGGCCAGAACGGACGUUCCUGGUAAGAUGGUCAGUCCCUCAUGACAUCAGUGACUCGGUCCUCAUUUCCCCCCUCCUAUUUCAUAUUGGUUUGAACACCAAAGCCCAGCUGUUUCCUCCAUCUUCCUGGAGCUCAGAAUCAGAGCUUCAUUUUCAGGCUUGAGCUCCUAAUGUUUCCAAACUGGGGGCAGAGGGUAGGGGAGCCAUAAUCUAUGAAGAUGAAAACUGGGUUAUCCAGACCUCAGAUCUCAUCUCAAGGCUUGUCCCAGCUCCUACUGAGCAGUGGGUUUGGGGACAAAGAGGUAGCAGGUGAGUGGUAGUUUUUCCCUGUGUCCUGAUUUUCAGUAAGGGCUUUCAUCUCUAAGCUGCAGCUGUGUAGCUAGCUAACCAGGAGAUGGAGGUCUAACAGGGUGUCUGGACAGCAUGGCCUUACAUGUUUGGCCCUCCCCUACCCGUGUGCAUGUACACAUGGACAGGCACGAGAGUCUGUGUCCCCUGGGAUUGCCUUCUGCAGCCACAGGGGCUCUUCUGUGCGCACUGUCCCAUGAAAGUAGAUGCAGAGGGCUGUGGUCAGGCCUUCCUCCCAAGCUGUCCUCCCUCCCUGGGGUGAAUUUCCUCACCACCUGCUCCAAGGUGCCUUAUGAGGUGCAGUCUCACAUGGCCACUUGGCAAGUGUCACCAUGCUUGAGAAAUGACGGGAUACGAGCUGCAUCCUGUGUGCUGUCAAUCUGAUUUGUCCAAAUCUGGACUUUACCCAAGCCACCCAUGAUGAAAACUUGCAAGUCGAAGUCAUGAACAAGUUUCUUGUAACUAAUAGAAAUAAGACUAUGAGGUCAGACUGUCGUACCUAGAUGGAAGAGAUGAUUGUUCCUGUUAUUUCCUUUUGCUGUCAGUGGGACAUUGACAGUGGCAAGUAGAGGGUGUUGGUGAGAUCCCAGGGGUCAAUGGCUUCUUGGUCUGCUCAGCCCAAAGACGUAUGAGGUGAGGGUCUGUUACCCCUCAGUUAGCCCUUGGGCAUGCUGGUGGCCUCCUGCUUCAAGCUUUAACUUGGGCCCUCUCUGGCAGCAGGGAGUCAUGGGUUAUUAUCACCUGUCAUGCCUUUUUCUUCAAGGAAAAUAUAAAAAGUCUCAAGUGCAAGUUGUAACUUCCUUUAGGCAGUGUAGGCCUGUAGGCUGCAGCCUAGAGUUCACGUCAAAAGGCUGCUCCACGACCCUGGAGGGAGCAGUCCCUGGCCGGCAGCCUGCUCUGUGCCCCAGAUUGCAGUUUAUUGGUGGCCAGGCCAAGAUAGCAGCACCAGGAGCUUGCUGCAAGCCAGAGCAGCUACCUAAUAGGGUGUAGAGCUGGCUUUUAGAGAUUUCACGUGCUUCCAACUAGGCAUACAGAGCUCUCUGUUUUACCCUGCAAUACACUGGCAGCUCUGAGGGGCUUUGCUUUCGGUGAAGGACUUUUGGUCUGACUUGCUAUGAGCACCUGGAGUUCUUGUGUUGGUUAGUUGGCUGGUUUGGUUGUUUUAAAUUUGAUUUUUCUUUUCAUAAAAUUUAUUGCAAGUCAGACCUAUGUGAGCAAAACUGUGGCCCACUUCAGUUGCCAUCCCGGUGGGGGUAUUAAUCAGUGGUGUUACAAUUCACGGAAACAUUUUUGAAAUGAAAGGGAAGAUGAUGUACUUACAUUGUAAAAUGGUUUACAAUAAAGUUUGACAU